CUUUUAUUUUCACGCACACGCCGUACAGGUGCAGGAUCUUUGCAGCUCCUUCCGCGGCUCUCGCGUAGCUUCGGUAGUUAGUCGGCGUCCAACCUCCUCACAGGAAAGAAGUAAAAGCAUUUCUCCUUAGCCAUGUCUCCGGUCACCGUCCUGAUGCUGCUGCUGGGCUUCUGCACCCUCGUGCCCACGUCCGAGCAGCAGAGUUCCAUCAAUCGCAACAGCAAGGAGUUCAAUAGGUCGGAAAUCGCGCGCCAGAACAGAAUCACACAGCAGAUCCUGGCACAGUACCUGCAGAAAAAGCUGUUCCCGCACCUAACGCCGGUGACGACGCCGCCGCCACCGGUCGGCAAUUCGGCCGAGCAGGACACGGGCGAGGCCCUCGACUCGGACGAGUCUGAGCAAAUCAGCUCACAUGUUACGUACGACGACGACGAAGGUAACGACUGCUCCAACUGUGUGGACGACAGUUUGGGGUCAAGCACGUUGAACAGGUGGACGAUGCCGCUGCUGAAGCUCGGCGAAAAGAGAUACUACCUCGGAAUUUUCUUCAAGGCCAAUUGGUUCAAAGCGAACCGCUACUGUCGUUACCACGGCAUGCAACUCGCCUCCAUUGACACCGAGGAGGAAAACAAAUUGCUGCAGGAGACAAUCGCCUCGCAAGGAUUUGGUCUUGAGCACUUCUGGACGUCUGGCACUGACCAGGGCGAGGAAGGUCACUUCUUCUGGAUGUCGACUGGCCGCCCUUUGACGUUCACCAACUGGAAUGCCGGGGAGCCCAACAACUUCCGCUACGAGAACGGCGAGGAGGAGCACUGCCUGGAACUGUGGAACAGAGACGGAAAGGGCCUCAAGUGGAACGACACGCCGUGUUCCUUUGAGACCUACUUUGUCUGUGAAGUGAACUGAAUUUAAAAGACACACUUCCUCUCUUGGGAAUGGACAUUUCAAUCAAGUAUUUUCAGUCUUUCCUCUCUUGAGGACCUGUAUUUUUUUAUACAAAUGGAGACUGCUAUGUAAAUGUGAAUGACCUAAACUUUUUUUUUUUAAAUUUUAUCGCGAUUUUAUUGAAUGUUCAUCAAUUCAAACUCAGCCUAUAUACAUUUUACGAUCAGUUUAUUUCUUUUUAAUUGAAAUAAUUUUUAUUGUUUUGAUCCUCGCGCGCCCAUAACCUCUGUACGUGCCAUUCCUUAUCCAAUCAGUGUAAACAAAGAAGUGCAGAUAUGGAAUCCAAUACUAGCUUUGUUUGCAGUCUUUUGAAUGUUCAUUGAUAUUAUUAUUUUCAAAGUUUUGUGCACUCACACAACUUUACUGUGGUUAUCCAAUUAAUUUAAACUCUAAGGGAGUUUAUGUUGUUGUUUCGAUUUUUUUACUGUACAUACAUGAAAAUUUUACUAAAAUUUUUGUAGAAAUAACCGCGAUGUAAAUAUGAUUAAACAGAAACUAAUGUGACACAGAUUGGUUUAAAAAUAAAACGUUUUAGUGUUAGCAGAAGA